AUGGAAAUUAAUGAUAGAGGGAUUGAAAAGUAUGAGGGAGGGAUGGAAGUGGAUGAGAGAGGGAUGGAAGUAGAUGAGGGAGGGAUGGAAGUAGAUGAGGGAGGGAUGGAAGUUGAUGAGGGAGGGAUGGAAGUGGAUGAAAGAGGAAUGGAAGUUGAUGAGGGAGGGAUGGAAGUAGAUGAGGGAGGGAUGGAAGUUGAUGAUAGAGGGAUGGAAGUUGAUGAGGGAGGGAUGGAAGUAGAUGAGGUAGGGAUGGAAGUAGAUGAGGGAGGGAUGGAAAUAGAUGAGGGAGGGAUGGAAGUUGAGGAGGGAGGGAUGGAAGUAGAUGAGGUAGGGAUGGAAGUAGAUGAGGGAGGGAUGGAAAUAGAUGAGGGAGGGAUGGAAGUUGAGGAGGGAGGGAUAGAAGUAGAUAAGGGAGAGAUGGAAGUGGAUGAGAAAGGAAUGGAAAUAGAUGAGGAAGAGAUGACGGAUAGAAGUAGAUGA